CUCCCUGGGCUCGGAUCUUCCAACAGCUUCACCAGACGCUUCUUCCUUCUUUCGACUUCUGGUCUUUGGAGACGUUGAUUCACCUCCAUCAAACAAUGUCUGGCCACUGUGGUCCCGAGUUCACUGUCCCAUCUAUUGCCUCCACCCCAAGAGUUGGCUUUGGAUCGGCAGGGCUCGGCUUGGGAGCUCUUGGCUGUGGGUAUGGAGGUCUGGGCUUUGCACAUGGAGGACUUGGCCUUGCACAUGGCGGUCUAGGUUAUGGUUUUGGCUAUGGGUAUGGCCCUGCUGUGGCUGAAACUUCUGGCAGUCUUGGAACCCUGGCUGGAGUCAACCCUUCCUGCAUCAACCAGAUCCCACCUGCAGAAGUCGUGGUCCAGCCACCCCCCACUGUCUUGACCAUCCCAGGCCCCAUCCUUUCUGCUACUGGGGAACCAGUUUCUGUGGGAGGCAAUGCUCCAUGUGCCAUUAGUGGCACUGGGGUGGCAGGAGCAGGCUUCUAUGGGGGGCUAGGGGGACAUUAUGGAGGCUGGGACUGCGGCUCUGGUUAUGGCCUGAGGAGGGGUACAUUGCUUGGAAGAAGGGCUCUACUGGGACGUCGUGGCAGCAUCUGUUGAUUCCCCUAUUCAACCUGAGAAGAAUCUAUGCACGAUCCCGGUAAUGAUCAGGAACUGGAAGAAGAGACCCAUCAAUAAGUUUGAAAAGCUACGCUUGCAGAAACAUCAGUGAACUGAAGAACUUUUGUGUGAACUCUCCAUCUUUUCUUCUGCAUGUCUAUGAAGAAUGCUGAUAUUUCUUGGCUGCUUCAUUUCCCUCUCCUUGUGUAACUGUUCUCCUUGAUUCUUUCUUCCAUUAAAGCUCAGUCUGCA